AUGGCCGACGACCAACCAUGGAAGAUACCGCCGAUCAUUCAGGAGCUGGCCGCCGGCGUGCAGGAGCCACCGAGCCGAUACGUGGUCGGCGAGCAAGAUCGUCCCGCCGUAGCCGCUGCCGCCAUGCCCGAGCCCUUCCCAUCGUUGACCUCAGCCGGCUGUCCGCAAACGACGGCGCCGACGACGAGGCCGCCAAGCUCUUUUCCGCCCUGCAGAAUUGGGGCCUCUUCCUGUCCGACCAAGCUCAGACUCUGUGUCUCUGUCCAGGCAGCCGGGCAUGGGAUGGAUCCAGAAUUUCUCGCCGAGAUGACGGGAGUGACAAGGGGAUUCUUCAAUCUCCCGCUCGACGAGAAGCAGUGUUAG